CGGUGAUAUCCAUGGCCAAGCUUCGAUUGGAGAUCCACCGUUCUCCAGACCCUGGACUCCUUAUCUACGGGUUCCUUAUCCAAUGCCCCCACCGUAUCAGUUCAGGUUUCGGCAGCCUUCUUCCGGGUGCUCGAACGCCAUCGCAGUUCCACACUGUUAUGCGUCUGGCGUGCUCGCCGAGAUCGGGGACCGCGAUCGCUGCGCUGCGUUUCUGGAGGAGCGUGCGCCUGGCCUCCCAAGACGCGCCGGCUCGAAAUGUCUUUCGAGUGCAAUGCUUUCGCCACGGGCGAACGAUUCGCAGGAAAAAGUGACCCAACUCCAUUGGGACCACCCCCUGAUUCGUUCCUUGCACCGAUCUCCAUGAGGGUAGUCAAUGUGGCCAGUGGCCAAAUUCGUUUUCCCUGCGUAAUAUGCGCAACGCUGUCGGCGUUAACGCCUCUGUCCCCUGGAUCCUGGGAUCAACGCGGACGGCCUCAGAACUUGUAUCCCUUUAUUGCUAUGCACGAUACGGGCGGCCACACAGCAGUAUUUCUCCGGGGCCAUGAAUGAUGUUAGCGCUUGUGAAGCCGAGAUCCCCCCAGGACUGGAAUCGCAAAGGACGGCGAUCGAUGUGACACUUCAUCAUGGCGGGGAGUGUGAGCGCUGCUCAUGAGAGGGUGUGACGGCGAGACUGACAUUUGUAUUGGCAGUGUGGACGUUAGCGCAUGUGCUGACUCCUGAUGAUAUUGGUAACAUGCGCGAUAAGCAGCCACGUAUAUAUAUAUAUAUAUAUGUACAUCUUUCUUAUGUGUGCAUCCAAUAACCGACUCGUGCUGGCGCGAACGCAGUUGGAAAGCCAAGGCAUGGUUCAUUGAUCCCCGAAGUGUGAAUCGCAUGAGCAGGCGAAAUGAGAAAUCCGGGUCGAGCUCUGCACGUUUCCGUUGAUGCAGUUAUGUUCUUCUUCUACAGUCGGGGCCCUGAAGAAGGAACCCUUUUGGUUGGGGAGGGGCUCCGCAUUCCUUAAGUGUUUUGCAGUUCGCCUUUUGUUUUGCUUAGGGUUUCGAUGGGAAAUCGAAGUUUAACUUAUGGAAAAAAAGGGGCCUCGUUCCUUAUUUAGGGUUCCUUGGGUCAGCGCCCCGACUGUACUCUCAGGAGAUGUCAGUGAAGAGCCUGCUGCGGGCCCUGAGCUCGCUGAGCCACCUGCAGCCCCGAUUCCCUGGCGUCAAGACGGUUGUGCCGUCUCUGAUCGAGCAGAUCGUCGCGAGAAUCGACGCCAUUGGCGAUCUUCCUCGCGAGAGCCCGCCUCUGGUCAGGGUCAUCCGCCACUUGGGCAGCCUCGAGCUCUCGGGACCCGUUGCCAAGUCGUUCCUCGCAGAGGCUGUGCCCCGCCUGCGCGGGGAAGUGCUGAAGGGCAUGGACAUGCGGGCGCUCGCAUCGCUCGCGAGGGGCCUCGCGCAGCUGGGCGAGCAGCCGACGGAGCUGUUCGGGGAGAUCGCUGAUCUGCUCGCGGAGCGCAGAGAUGACAUGCGGAAGAAGCUGGACAUCGCAAUCCACCUGCCGAUGAUCCUUGGCGCUUUCGCCCGGGCGGCUGUGUACAACGACAGCCUGCUCGAGACCGUGGCGACGGUGUGGAUGAAAAAGGGCAAUCUGAGAAAGAUGAAGGGCUGGACCCUUUGCAUGAUGAUGUGGGCCUGGCCCUGGCAGUCCGAGGGCGAAACCGCAAAGGUCGUGAGCAACUUCCGCUCACGCCUGCAGAUGAGGUUCAAGGAGAGCAGCGUCACCGACGAGAUGGUGGAGUUCGCGUGGCGAGGCCCGGAGGCGUUCGAUGAGGUGUACCCCAAGCAGCCCCUCCCCAAGAAGCGCCGCGGCAGGGCCGACGCUGGCGCUUGGGAGCCAGCGCGCGCGGGCCUCCCUCGCCGCCCGAGCGCACCGACCAGGAGCUGGCUGACACCCCCACCGCCCGUCUAAGGACAGUUCUCUUCCUUCUCCGCCACCUAGUCUUUUUCCUCCUCCUCCCCCUCCUCCUCCCCGUCCUCCUCCUCCUCCUCCUCCUCCUCCUCCUCCUCCUCCUCCUCCUCCUCCUCUAGACCCAUUCCCUGGGGACGGCUUGUCAUCCCGAGUGUUCUUUGACGGUCCCGAGGAUUGGUGAGGGCCCCCAAAUGUCGAAAACAACGAUCCUGUCAUGAUUUUACAUGACUCGAAAGGGGUUUGGGUCCUCCUCCGCCUCCUUUUCCUCUUCGCGGUCGAGAGGAGUUCGGCGUGGCUUCCCCCGGCUGCACAGGACGCACUGCCUGCCUCGGAUGCGUGGCCGCCCAGCGGGCGCGGCCCGCCGGGCAAUCAGGCGUCGCCGCGGACGGUGUCGUUCCGCGGGGGUGGGGGCUGAGCCAGGCUUGCCGCCGCUGCUGGCUGACAAGCUCGCACCGAGCAUGGUGACUCGCCUCCAGUGGAAAAGCGAAGUCGCCACGGAGAUCAUAUCGUGGCAGCUUGCUCUGGGUGCACACCGUAUUGC